AAAAGUAAUACAGGGUUAGAUUUAAGUGUAGAAAAUAAAAAGAAGCCUUCUAGCCAAGAAUUAAAAAAUAAUAUGACAAAGGAGCUAGUACAAAAUUUAGAAAAGAUGUCAAUUGUUAUACCUGUAUUAAUAAGCACUGAAAUUGUAGAAAAUAUACAAAGGCUUAGUAAAGGUGAUAAACAGAAAGAAAUACUAGUAAGGGCAAAUACAAAUGAAACCAACUAG